CCCAGCGAGGGCAGCGAGAAGGAGCCGCUGGCCGUGGUGGGCUCCCCGUACUGGAUGGCGCCCGAGGUGCUGCGAGGGGAGAUCUACAACGAGAAGGCUGAUGUGUUCGCCUACGGCAUCAUCCUGUGCGAGACCAUCGCUCGUGUCCCCGCAGACCCUGACUACCUGCCCCGCACCGAGGAUUUUGGCCUGGACGUCACCGCCUUCCGCACCAUGGUGGGAAUCGACUGCCCGGCCGCCUUCCUCCAGCUGGCUUUCCACUGCUGCAGCAUGGAGCCAACCUCCCGCCCCUCGUUCCUGGAAAUCACACAGUGCCUGGAAGGCGUCCUGCAGCACCAGCUGGGCGUGGAGGGCGCCGGGGCCACCCUCUUCAGCAUCAGGGAUACCCUGCCCGCGCCCGGCACGGCGCCCGCGCUCAACGGGGUAGCCGGGAGGGCGUCCAGCCAUGCCAAGCAGUCGCCCCUGCGCGAGCUGGGGACGCAGCACCUGCAGCCGGACCAGCGCCUGUCCCGCAGUCAGUCCGACGUGUUCCCCCCAAAAUCGCCCACCCCACCGCGGCCGCCCGAGCCCUGCGUCGGGGCCAGGACCAAGGAGACGCCGGCACGCGUCAACCCCUUCUCCCAGCGCGAGGACCUGAAGGGGGGCAAGAUCAAGCUCUUCGACACACCCAGCAAGUCGGUCAUCUCGCUCACCUUUGACCUGCCCCCCCCGGCCCCUCUGCAACUCGACACCCCCGUGACGCCCGACCCGGCCGUGGAGGUGCAGUGUGACUUCUCGGCACCCGCCGCGGCCCCCCGCAAGUGCCACUCGCUGCCAGCCUCCCCCGAGCUGCCCCGCCGUGGGGGCCUGGAGCUGGGCAUGGGAUCCCCAGCCCGGCCCCCCAGCCCGAAGCGGGGCCAGGAGGAUGCUGGAGAGCUGGGAAACGGGGUCUGUGCCUCCUCCCCCAGCCCCGCAGCAGAGGAGCGGAUGGACUGCGGCUCCGACAGCCCCGAGCCGCCACGGGUCCCCACUCUGGCACCCGCCACCAGCAACUUCAUCCGCACGGCAUCCUCGGGAGCCCAGCCCUGGCACCCGGAGCCGAGGGCGCCCAACGGGCUGCUCUUCAACAACAACCACGUGGUGGUCAGCAAGCCGCUGUCCUGGGGCAGCGGGCUGGAGCGAGGCUUCUCCGAGCUCAGCAUCCCCUGCGCUGCCGCGGCGCUGGAGCGGACGGAGCGCGCGGCCAUGCUGCCCGGGCACGGCCCCAGCACCGUGCUGGAGCAGGAUGAGGUGCUGCCCUGCCCCGGCUGCUGCUUGGGGCCUUUCAGCUUCAGCUUUGCCUCCGUUUGCCACCGGCCCGCGCCCAGCCCUCCCCGCUACCAGAACCUCAACUGCGAGGCCAAGAGUCUCCUGUGCCACGACCGUGGCCGCCUCCAGAAAGCCCCGGGGCCGAUGCUGGCGGAGCCCAGCCUGAAGCUGCCGGAGGCGCAGUCCUAGUGCUGGGGACCGUGGCUGCGGCCAGGGGCUCCUGGGACACCCCCAGCACAUGGGGUGUCUCUGGGAGCCUGGGGUGUUGUGUCCCCUUCCCCAAGUCUGUCCUCGCGCUCGCCCGGUGCCUGGUGGCCGCGACGGUACUGCUGAGGUGCCCGUCCUGCUGGGAUCGGCCUCGGGGGGCUGUGGGGAGCCCCGAGGUGGGCUGGGUCCUUGCGGGGGUCCCGGUGGGGCUGGGCUGAAGUGCAAUAACACCGCUGCCCCGGGCAGCAGGGCUGGUUCCCCGCAGGGCUCAAGCUGUGGCUGUGCCCCCCCCCCCAUCCCCCCGUCCCCAAGGGCUCGCCCCUCGGUGGGCUCUCACAGCCCCCAGAGAAGGGGGGUGAGCAGAUUUUGGGGGGGUGGGAGGGGGCAGAGCGGCUGUGUGUGUAUGUGUGUGUUGGAGGGAGUCUGGGGAUUUUUGGGGUGUCCAUGCUGCCUCCCCACGAGGGUGGGUAGCAUUCCUGGUCCCCCACACAGCAGAGGCACCAUGGUGUGCAGAAGGGCGAUGCCAGAGGGGUGCAGUGUGCGGGUGGGGGGUGCCGGCGCUUGGCGCUGAGCCCCCUGGCACACGGGGCCCCCUCCUGCCCCGCCACCACAUCAAUGUCGGGGGGACAUAUCCGUGUCACCUCCCCACAGCGGAGGGCAGCCUGCGCCCCCCAGCACCGUGGGGCCAGGAGGACACGGGGGGGAUGCCCGGCAAGGGUGGGAGCCGGCUUUCCUCCCUCCCGCACAAUGCACUGGUGAAUGCAGAACUCUUGUGUUUUUUUUUUAUUAUUAUUAAUAAUAACAAUAAUUGCUAGUAAUAUAUACCCAGCUUAUUUAAAGUGUUCAAUAAAAACUGAAUGUCCCAGCGA